AUGGACGCGCCCGGCGGAGCGCGGGAGCCCCGCUUCGGGCUUUAUGGUAAUGGUAUGGGUAUCCUCGGAGACGUGCCCGAUAUGUACGGUGCCGGCCGCCCUCCGAGUUCCCUCGGCGGUCUUAGGCCUGGCAUGCAACCCUGUCCAGUCCCAAGAUCCGGUGUAAAACGACCAUCUGACCAGUGUUAUGAAGAGAGACCUUCUCAAAGUCUCAAUUUCGAGCAUAGUGGAAUGCCAGAUAUCGCAGACGACGGUUAUGCCUCUCUGCAGCCUAAGAAAUCGCCUCCUUCCAAUGGAAAGAAGACCAAGGGUCGUGUCAAAAUUAAGAUGGAAUAUAUAGACAACAAAUUACGGCGGUACACAACUUUUUCCAAGCGGAAGACUGGCAUCAUGAAGAAGGCUUACGAACUAUCAACGUUAACGGGAACACAAGUGAUGUUAUUAGUGGCGUCAGAAACCGGACACGUUUACACGUUUGCGACACGGAAACUUCAGCCGAUGAUCACAUCGGAUUCGGGAAAGCGUCUCAUUCAGACUUGCUUAAAUUCCCCGGACCCGCCGACGACCAGCGAGCAGAGAAUGGCUUCCACCGGCUACGAGGAGACUGAGCUCACGUAUAAUGUUGUCGACGAUGAUAUGAAGGUGAGGCAAUUGGCGUAUGCUGGUUCCGCGCAAUACCCGAUAGAGCAUCAUCCGGGCCUCGCGCCCUCACCGUUGCAGCAGUACCACCAACACCCGCCCUGCCCAUCACCGCUCCCCCUGGGCUCGUUAGGGCAACCGUAUUCACACGCACACCUCUCUCAUCCCCACAUGUCGCAUCAUCCGCAACGGUAG